AUGGAGCCAAAACCCCUUCACCCUCUCCACCAGAUCGCGCAGACCCCGAGCCACAAGCUCCUCCUCAAGCAAUGGCUCAAGGAAGAAGAACUCAUACUCGGCCGCCUCUCACUAAAAGAGUCCCAAAUCGACUCCGCCCGAAAUCAACUCACUCUCCUUUACUCCCUCUUCUUCCUCUUCCACUCUGUCUCCAUUCUCCUUCUAUUCUCCUCCUCCGCUGGUGGGCCCCACCUCUGCCGUGGCUCGUGGGUCCCCUGCCUCUGCUCUUUCCUGUGCUCUAUGGGGUUCAUAUGGGCCGUCAGGUACAAGACGGACGUUGAGUGCCACGUGCAGAGAUUGCUGGAUCGAGAGAAAGAGGAUUACAAGCUGCUGGGAAAGUGCGUGGGGGAGCUCAAGAGGAAAGGUCUGGAGUUUGACCUGAUGAAGGAGGUGGAUGCUCUUCGCCGGGCCAAGAGCCUGCGGGCCGGGCCGAGCCCUGUUAAUAAGUGGUCUGUUAGGGACUUUGGUACCCUGUUUUUGUUUGCCAUGGCUUGUUGCGUGCUGGGUUUGAUGAGGCUUAUUUUGUGCGUUACUAUAAAGGUAUAA